UGCAGUGUGCGAGAUGCGGUGCUAGGCGUGAAUAGGCCGGGACGAGGGUGGAAAUAUAAUAAUGCUGAGCCAGCAGCUGAGCACGGAUCGGCCGGCGACGUCGUCGUCGGCGGCGGCGGCCGUCUACACAGAGAAAGCCAAGCGCAGGCAGACCAGCGCCGACUACCAGGACGACAGCGAAACCACCCCUCUCAAUGCGGAGGAGGAGGAGGGUUCGACGCCCUUAAACAGACGCAAGGAGGAGGCUAAGGUGCUGAAAAUGCUGCGUCGGAGACUCGCCCUCGUGGCCGAGGAGCGCCAGGUACCCCCUGAGAUCCCGCCAAUCAGCGACAUGAAGCAGCCCAUAGACGUCCUCAGAAAGUUGCUGAGGAAAAAACAGCCCCUGGAGCCGAGCCCGAUGUGGGCGCAAAUCGAAACGGACUGGGGCGACAGCGAGUUCAUUUCUGACUGCAUUCGAUGGCACAACAUAUUUCGGCAGAAGCACAGCGCCGACCAAAUCACCAUGUCCUCCCAGCUGUGCGCGUACGCUCAGGCAUGGGCAAAUCACCUGGCGCAUACGAACACAUUUUACUAUCGCAACGAUCGGCAAAUCGGGCAGAAUCUGUUUUGCAGACCGACUGGACCACAGGCGCAUGUUGAAAUUUCUGGCCGUGACGUCGCUCUUCACUGGUAUGGCGCAAUGAGGCAGUACGACUUUUUCAAAGAGCCCGACCGGCUUCACGCUAAUGUCAACGCAGGCCACUUCACGCAGCUGGUCUGGGUGUCGACGAAGCAGCUGGGCCUGGGGAAAGCACAGAGCCGCAACGGACGCGUGAUCGUGGUGGCCAACUACUAUCCGCCCGGCAACGUCAACGGCCUCUACCAGAAGAACGUGCGGCCGCCGCUGCCGGGCAGCGACCUCCGCUUCGACAUGUCCAUGGUGCACGAGGACAGCGAGAGCGUGUCCGGCGGCUACACGCUCAGCUCGUCCACCUCGUCAAUCGAAUCGGAAGACUCCAGCGUCAUGGGUACGCACACCCUGCUGCCGCACCACCACAGAAUCAGCCGGCGCUGAUUAGUGUUCCUUGCUUAAUGCCAAUUUUCUACCCCGCCAAUGUAGAACACGUCCAAUAGAGUGACAAAUUUAAUAGAGUCUUCUGAUCUUCGAACAAAAACUAGCUCUGUGUGGAAAAUUGAUUUCAGACGGUUAGUUAAUACUGAAAAUUAUAUGAGGAAAAAUUAAAUAUCGCGUUCUCGUACUUUACAGCAGCUGUUUCGGCCUCGCAGGCAUCAUCAGCAGUAAUUUGCCUCGAAAAUAAAAUAUAUUAGCUGCAGAGAAAAAAAUCCGGCUCUUAAUUUCUGAGAAAAAUCGAAAAAUCUUUCCAACCGCGCCACUCGUCCUCCCUGUGAUUUACUAACUUCCCUAACAAAAAUUCACCUGCUCAAAAAUACCAUAUCCAUUGUAAUGAAAAGCUUAUUUCAAAGAGAGAGAAAUCCCACUUUUUCUAACAAGAGAAAUCACGAAGGAAAAUUCCCUGGUACUUUUCUGACGGCUGCGAACUGCUGCCCUAUUCAAAAAGGAUUUUAGGCUAAGAGAGAAAUUCUUGAUUAUUAAUUUUGUUUUGGAGGUUAAGUACUGCUGAUGAGGUCUGCGGGGCUGAAAAAGUAGCUGUGUUAUUUAAUUCUGCCUCACGGAAUUUUUCACUAUUAGCUAACCAUCCAGACUUAAUUUUCCACACAGCGUAGACUCGUAGAGCUAGUUAGUUUUUCUAAAACUUUUUAAUCAUCUGUUAUGUUUCCAUUUAGGUUUAGGUAAGGGGCAAGAGACAACAAUCAAAGGGCCAAAUUGAUAAUAGAAAUUGCUUCAAAGAGAAUAAUUACAAUUUGUUACCCGUUAAAAUACCUGCGGGUUUUCCCAUUGAAAUUUAACAGUUGUUGCGAAAGCAUUAGGUGUUCGAAGCAACUAACAGAUGGCGCCAUCGUAUACUUCAGAUUUUUUAGGCACUUCCGCUACGAUUUAACUCUCAAUCCUUAAAAUUAAUUAUUUGACGUGUUCAGCCAAUCGCCGUAAAAAUGUGAAAAACAACUUUUCGACUUAUUUUUGUUUUAAGCACAUCCAAAGAAAUAUUUUUAAAUUAAUAAGUCGCAGCGGAGGUGCGUUAAAAUUGAAAGCAACCACUGGCGCCAUCUAUUGGCGGCUACGACCACUAAUUAGCUUUCGAAACUGGUGAAUUGGUACCAGAAUUUUGUAUUGGAUUUUCUGGGUAAAAACAACUUGAUGGUGAAAAUUGGCGAACACUGCCAAUAAUUGUGAAUUAGAGGCCUGCAAGGGCGAGGCCCCUAGAAGUGAGACUGGAUGAGGUAUCUCGUUAAGCCAAAAGAGUUUUGGUCGUGAUUGUGACUGAAAGAACCAGUGAUUCCAAAACACGGCUAUCCUCCAGUCUUUCUUAAAUACCGUCCCUAAAUUGUUUUUACCACCUCGAUCUCAAACCGCUGAGAAUUUCCUUAACGCUUGAGCUCGCAACUUUUGGAUAGCAAAAAAAAAACUGAGAAAUUUGUGCGGACUUGCCAUUUUCUAGUCUAGUCCGCAAAUGUUGACUUCAAUUUAGGCAUAAGAAAUGUAAGAAAUCCCGUCCUGAUUUAAUUCCUUCAGGCUACAUUUAGUCUUGUGCGUUAGCUGAUAUCGAUGGUGCUCAAAAUCGUUGAAUAUAGUGAUGUGUUUUGCCAAAGUAAUUGUUAAAAAGCGAAAAAAAGAAACGCAAUGCGUCGAUAAUUAGAAACAUAUUUUAUUGAUUUCAACUAAUAUUGUGUUCAGCCAAGUUAAAAUAAGAAAAUAUAGGUAGGGUCAAAUAAUUUAUGUUUAUAGCUUAAACACCAAGGGAAGAACGAAUGUUAUAUAUGACAUGUAUAAUUCGAAACGCCGUUGAACCAAAUACUCCAUAUACAAAUAGCGAGAGCGGCGGUAAAACAUUUUAACAAAAAACCGGGCUUUCAUUACAUAGGUCGAAGAAGAGAGUUUUACAUGUGUAAAGACUAGAACUAAAUAUAUAUUAUAUUCAACGUAUCCAUUUCAACUAAUCAACAGUUACUAUAAGAUAUAGAGAUUUAUAGUACAUAUUAUUAUAUAUCAUACUGUUCUAUGUCAUUUGAUAAUUUCAAAAUAUUCUUCUAUGAAGCGAGCUCACAAAGUAUACAUCGGUAAAGCAGUCUAUUGUGACGUAUUACGAGAAGAAUAAUUGUUUGCUUCAAAGUGGAAAGAA